ACGGAGCUGCAUCGUUGAGCGGGGAGACAGGCGAACAAAUCCCAUUUGCAGAAUUAAGCUAGCUAGUCCUGAAUUAAUUAGUUAGCUACUACAAUGGAAUCCAACACAGUGCUCAUGGCGCUCCCGCCAGCGCAGCAGGGAAGGGUUCUCACUGUGUUGAGCAUCGAUGGCGGAGGCAUCCGUGGGAUCAUCCCUGCAACCAUCCUAGCUCGCCUCGAGACUCUGCUCCAAAGGAUAGACGGGCAGGACGCCAGGAUUGCUGACUACUUCGAUUUCAUCGCUGGUACCAGCACCGGCGGGCUGAUAACGGCGAUGCUGUCGGCGCCUGGCAAGGACAAGAGGCCACUGUUUGCAGCCAAGGAGAUCAACCAGUUCUAUAUAUAU